UUUGAAUUCCAGACCUACCUGUAUGUAGAUGAAGCGCACAGCAUAGGAGCCCUGGGACCUAAUGGAGGGGGAGUUGUUGAUUACUAUGGUGUUGACCCCAAAGAAGUUGAUAUUCACAUGGGAACGUUUACCAAGAGUUUUGGAGCUGCCGGGGGAUACAUUGCUGGAUCAAAGGAGCUGAUCAAUCAUCUGAGAGUGAAUAGCCAUGCCCAGAUGUAUGCCGUCUCCAUGUCACCACCCGUCGUCCAGCAGAUCAUAACUUCCAUGUCAACGAUAAUGGGCAAAAAUGGCAAUGAUGAUGGUAAACGACGCCUAAAUCAACUUGCUAGAAAUACCCAAUACUUCCGUCGGAGAAUAAAGCAUAUGGGGUUCAUAGUGAUCGGCAAUGACGAUUCCCCUGUGGUACCUGUGUUACUCUAUCUUCCAGCUGUCACAGCGUGAGUAUAUUCACGUCCCAUCUGUGGCUUGACUCUCGCUCUUUCCA